AUGCUGAAACCUGCGAUGGCGGCUGGCAGCUCGCAGGCUCUGGGCGGUCUCAAGCAGAGGAUGAGCUUUGAGCAGACACCCAAUGACCACAGAAGGAAGACCAGCCUGGCCGUGGGCAAGGGAGCUUUUGGGAAGACCCCGCAGGCAAGAGGUGCUAACGUUGCUGGAGGGGCAACAGGGGCAGGGGCAGGGGAAGGCACAGGAGGAGCAGGAGGGCGUCAGCUUGCCCCUCAGCGAUGCACGCCCACGAGGACGGCAGAUUCCACGACACCAAACAGAUUGUCUGUGGGUUCUUCCCUCAAUUCCACCAGCAAGAACAAAGCCAGGAGUGAGAUGCGGCCUGUAACAGAUCCGUCUUUCAAAACGCAAUGUAUCGAUAAUAUUGUGGAUUUCCUGGUGACAAAUGGUUAUGAAAAUCAGGUGCAGAGACGCUCCCUCCUCAGGCCAACUGUAAAGGAUUUUACACAAUUCUUUGAGUUCAUUUACCGGAAACUGGAUACAGCCUACUCCCUUCCAACCAGAUUUGAAGAAGAAAUUCCACGAUUGCUGAAGCUUUUGAAGUAUCCUGUGCAGAUUCCCAAGUCUUCCUUUGCAACUGUUGGCUCUCCACACACUUGGCCUUCAGUAUUAGCCAUGCUUUCUUGGCUUGUUGAUGUCGUGAACACGUACCAGAUUAUUGACCCGAUGAAGAUAACUUUCCCGGACGAUUUCAACCCGGACAGCAGACUGGCAAAGGCUAAAUUGUCCACUUUAGUAAAGCUCAUUCAUACCGAGGAAGAUGAGGAGAGGCAGCAGAGUAUCUUAUUGGAAUAUGAAAAAUCCUUGGAAGACAUUGCAGGUGUUACAGCAGAUGAUAUGAUGAAACUUGAAGAGGAGUAUCAAUACCUGCAAGAUAAAGUUGCACAGUUAGCAAGCAGCAGUGAAAAACUACAACAGCUAGACCACCACCAUGGACAAUUAGCUGAAGACUGUCGUAAGCUGAAGAACUACUGCAGAGAACUGGAAGUCCAUUGUACGACGAAGAACAGCGAACGUUCACAGCUGGAAAAGAAACUAGCAAAAGUCAGGGAUGUUAAAGCAAAAGUGUAUGAAGAAAUAGAAAAUCUGGAAAGACUCCACACGCACCAAGCCCUGAGUAGUGAGGAGCUGUCUCGCUACAAGAACCAUGCUAGUGAUGUUGCUGCCAAGAUAUCUCACUUCCAGGCCCUGGGCAGCGAUCUUGAUGCGCAGUUCCAAGAUAAGAGUCUUAAAAUUGUGUUUUGA